AUGAUGCUACUCCCUAGUGCCCUACGUUGGAAUGUUUCUGUUAUACGCACGUUCAUUGCAAACAAACCCACCGGGAGGUAUGGUGACACUGAAAGACGCUUAUUCAACGAGCUGCACGCCUCAAGCCGGAUCCCAAGAGAGCCCGACAACAAGAACAACACGACCACGCCAACGAUUUACAAGAAACAGCCAGACAACGACGCGUCCUCUCCAGCUCCGCAGCAGCGUUCGACACGUGCGGCGAAUGGACCAAAGCUCACACAGCCCGAUCAAUCCAAUCUGCGUAUGAUUCCCAGUCCCAAAGAUGUCUCUGAAACACAUGCACAUGGAAUUCGACAUCCGUCACGUGAUCUGGACUCACUCGAGACCACGGUGACCGAUGCGAUCAGUUUGCAUUUGCGUGUGCAAGCUCUGGAAAAACAAUUGCAUAUGGUUAGUGAAUCUCCGACUAAGUAG